AUGACACUUGACUUAGCAUUUCCCACAAGAGAAAAGGUUGCAUCAACCUACAAGAAGGACCGGUUGUACAGGGAAGGCAACGGGUUUUUUAUGUAUGUGAGGUGUGGAGGAUGCAGACACACUACGUGCUGCUACUCGCACUCGCAGACGAACAUCUCCUGUCCAGGGUGCGGAGAUAUAAUCCUGACGUCCUCAGGGGGGAGGGCGAUUGUGUCACCCAACUGUGAGUUCAAGAGGAUCAUAAGAAGUAUUGAUUAA